AUGGCUGAUUUAACCAAGGCAGAAGAACAGCAAGUAGAGAAGAGUUUGGAUGAAGAAGUGGAGGAAACACCUCAUACUUUAGAGGCGGAUUCAGGUAUAGGUUGCGAAGGUGAUAGUUCAACUUCAGGUACGGUGCACUCCACUGAAAAUGAAAAAGAAGUUGACAGUGGUAAUCAGGACAACAGAGCAAAAAGGAAGAAUUUAGAUGCUGAAGAUGAACCUCCUAAGAAAGUGCGUGAGACAGGCCACGGACAAACUGUAGCUGCACAUUAUAAUGAACUUCAAGAAGUUGGAUUGGAAAAACGUAGCCAGUCUCGCAUAUUCUACCUCCGAAACUUUAAUAAUUGGACAAAGAGUGUCCUCAUUGGUGAAUUUAUAGACCGAGUACGACGGAAAAAGAGUGAUAUAACUGUUUUGGAUCUAGGAUGUGGCAAAGGUGGAGAUUUGCUGAAAUGGAAAAAAGGCAGAAUUAAAAAACUUGUCUGUACUGAUAUUGCUGACAUUUCAGUGCAACAGUGCAAGCAGCGAUAUGAAGACAUGAAAGCUCGAUGUCGUUAUAAUGAACAUAUUUUUGAUGCAGAAUUUAUACAAGCAGAUAGUACCAAGGAUCUCUUGUCUUCCAAAUACAGCGAUCCAGAUAUGCGCUUUGACAUUUGCAGCUGUCAGUUUGUUUACCAUUACUCAUUCGAGACAUACGAGCAGGCUGACAUGAUGCUUAAAAAUGCCUGUGGGAACCUCUCUCCUGGAGGGUAUUUCAUUGGCACAACUCCAAAUAGCUUUGAACUUGUAAAGCGACUUGAAGCUUCAGAAACAAAUUCAUUUGGGAAUGAUGUGUACAGUGUAAAAUUUGAAAAGAAGGGGGAAUAUCCCUUGUUUGGCUGCAAGUACGAUUUCCACUUGGAAGAAGUGGUUGAUGUCCCUGAGUUCUUGGUUUACUUUCCAUUACUGGAAGAAAUGGCAAAGAAGCAUGGUAUGAAAUUAGUCUACAAAAUGACAUUUCGGGAAUUCUAUGAAGAAAAAAUCAAGAACGAGGAGCACAAAAUGCUGUUAAGGAGAAUGCAGGCCUUGGAGCCAUAUUCUACAUUUGGUGAUUCCAGGCUUGUUUCUGAUAAACCUGAUGAUUAUGAACAUGCAAAAGAGUUCAUCAAAGAUGGCAAAGCAAAGUUACCAUUGGGAACCUUGAGUAAAUCUGAAUGGGAAGCAACAAGUAUUUACUUGGUAUUUGCAUUUGAGAAGCAACUGUGAAACUUCACAUGCUGGAUGCAGCAAGAAGAGAUCAUAUCCAUGUGCAAGUUGGAAUGGUCAGAAAUCCAUUGUGGCAACUAUUUUUUUAUUUUUUAUUUUUUAAUUAUCAGAAGUGUGCAGGACACUACCGAAAACAAGAGCAAGCUCAUGAUUCUGAGUUACAUUGCCUGUCUGUGACAGAUGGACUUGUGUGUGUAUAUAUAAGAAAGAUUCUGAACCAGUCUUUUUAAGGAUUUGUAAGCAAUCUGCAUGCUCUCAAAACUCAUGUUUGAACUUGACACAACUGUUAGGUUAGGAACAAAUGUUUUGUUAGUAGAAGUAUGUUUGUGAUUACAAGCCUGACCCUGCACUUUCUGAAACGGAUGGAAAAAUCACUGUUGACUUUGAUGGUGCAGAAUGAGGGCCUAAAUAUUGUGCUGCAGAGCUCAGUUAAUUCAUAAUAAGAUAUAUUCAGACAUAUAGGGUAUGUCUACAUUGCAUGCAGAGUGGCAAAUAAUACCUGAGUCAGUUUGAGUACCUCUGUGCUGUGCUCAAGCCUGCAGUGUAAAUCUACCUUAGGGGUAUUCAAGGUAUAGUUUAUGUGGUUAAGUCCCAUGAUGUUCCUGUUUUUCGUGCUUGCUGAUAUGUAGUGUCACUUCAUGGUGCUUUCAACAUUAAACGAGUUUGUUCUGUACGAAACUGCUCUGAAAGUGAAUUUCUAAAGUUUUAAGUGUCUAUGUUGUUUUUCCAAGUAUGACUAUGUGAUAAUCAAUAACAGCUGCUGAACUUAGAUUACUAAACAUUUUCUAUUGUAUUAAAGACUCUCCUGACUUUUUGCUAGUUUUAAUGUCUCCUGAAACUUAUUAGACAGAUCUUAGGAUGUGUUUCUUGUUUCAUAAAAUUCCAAAUAGGCUCGGCAGAAGGAUGAGCUGUUGGUGGUGAUGGGGAACAACGGGGAGCCUGCAUAACACCUGAGGAUACUAAAAGUUCACUCUGGGAGGGAGGGCUGUGGAUAUUACACACACCUCAAUGCAUGUGGAUAACAAUCCCCAAAUUAUAGAGUCAAAUACUUUGUUUGGGAGUAGAAUCUAAUGAUAUUAAUAGGCAGGACUGUGCCUAACUACCAUCUUAGCUGCCUAUCUCUUAGAGCUGGCUUAAGGAUUUCUGACAUGCUGUUGGUCUGCUUUCCCUGUGCUUGUAGCCAUUCACUACUGAGAGGGUGUAAGUACCUGUUUUUCUCUCCCUUCUUGGGCUAACAGUAGCUGUUGGCUAGUAUAGUUUACAUAGAGAUGAAACAGUGAUAUGUUGAUGGAACACGAGUAUUUUUAAAAGCUAUAAUAAACCUAGGAAAGAACAUUUCUUUACAGAGUUAAUCAUUUGGGUUAUUUUAGUUUGUAGUUGUAUUGCCUUCCCCCUGUAACUAGGUCAUACCCUUUUCUCCAUGACUCCAGAUUUAUUUUAUUUUUUUUUACUGUAUAGAAGAACACCUAUAACCUUCACCAAGGCGGUAGAGUCACAGUUCUGCUGCUGAAACUAAGAAAACAACUCUUUCUUGUCUGUUAGAAUUAGUACUUUUGAAACUAGCUGAAAAAUGCUGACACUUUGGAAAUGCUGGAAUGUUUUAUUGAAAUUUGUGUGUGUCAAAGCUAGUUUUGUUAGAUUUCUUGUAUCGAUUUUCAUUUGAAAGUGCAUUGCUAUGCUAUUUUUGGAAGAAAUCAGAAUAAUAAAAAGAGGGGAAAUCUG